AUGGAGGGGCCGAAAACCCUGGGCCCCUGCGGCCACUCCCACCCACCGUGUCCCCCAGCCCCAGCCUUGAGCAGCCACGGAGGAUGCCAGGACCAGCCCUGCCAGGGAUUUGUAAGAUGGCCCUGCCUGGUCCCCCUCACCUCUGCUCACUCAUUGGAGCCUGAGAGGCCUUUCUCAGCCCCAGGGAUAGGGGGUGGGGGGCCCAGGGUGGGGGGUGAGGCUGCCAAGAUCUUCCUCUCCAACAAAGAGGGAGAGACGUCGCAGUCGCAGCCGAGAGCAAGAAACGCUGAGGGGAAAAGACAAGAAGUAGGGGCAGGGCUAGGGUGGGGCUGGCCCCUGCACUCAGGCCGAGAGCAGGGGGCUUUCAGGAAGGGCCCCCCCCCCAGCUCAGGGUCCAGACCCUGCCCAUGCACACCCCUGCCGCCCAGGGCAGUCCCCUCCCCACUCCAGGGCCGACCGCUGGGGUCUGCAGAACAGUCCUUUCUCCACCUGGAGCAGGAGAACCACAGCCUGAAAAGGCAGAACCAUGACCUUCGGGAGCAGCUGGGGGCCCUCCUGGGGCCAGGGCAACCGUUCCUGCCCCUCUGUCCUGAGCACUCCAGCUGCACAGCCCUGGCCUGGCCCCCUGAGCCAGCUGGCACCCCGACCAUGGAGGACAGGGCACCUCUGCAGCUGCUGAGGCAGGAGCUGUGCCGGGGGCAUGAGGCCUUUGUGCAGCAGUCCCAGAAUGAGCUGCAGCAAAUCCGACUGUCCUUUGAGAGGAAGAAGAUGGCCAUCACUGAGGUCUGGGAUGGUGUGGCUGAGGUGCACAUGGCCCUGAACAACCAAGCCACCGGGCUCCUGAACCUCAAGAAGGACAUCCGGGGUGUGCUGGAUCAGAUGGAGGACAUCCAGCUGGAGAUUCUGGGGGAGCGGGCCCAGUGCCGUGCCCAGGCAAGGAAGGAGCAGCAGAUGGCGUGCAUGGCGAAAGGGAGGCCGCAGCUGGGAUGUUCCGAGGGCCUGACGAGCCAGCUCUGGCUGCUGGCACUGAGGCUGCUGCUGGGCGCCCUGCUGGCCUGCACCGCCGCCUACGUGUACGUGGUGGACCCUGCGCCCUUCGAGGGGCUGGUACCGCCCCUGCUGAGCCGCGCCGCCGUGUGGAAGCUCCGGGCCUUGCUUGGCCCCUUCUUGCGCCUCGAGGUGGACGACUUCCUGCCCUUCUAG